AUGGAGUACAGUACGCAGGAGACUCAGAUCGCGUCGCAAACGUAUACUUCCCAGCGUGAAGAUGAACCUAACGAUGCCAAUUGUUGGGGUCUCCUUUGGCCUAUUGCCAGUGGCAAUAAGCCAGUACGCUUCAACAAGGACAAGCAAGAGUAUACGAUUGGACGCGGCCCACAGUGUGAUCUGAGGAUCUCUAGUCAAAUUAUCACAGGAACGGGACUUGGGCAAGUCAAAGGUCGCAAAAUCGCCAAGGGGAUAGCUACUUUGCUUAACAACGGCGAUGAUAUUGCGUUUGGAGUCCAGAACAUCAAUUCCAACGGUGAAUCCCACAGAUACACAUUUCGAACGCCAGUCGUGCAACGGGAACGCAAAGGUGUCCACGUCAAAUACGAACUGCAGCAAGAGCUCGGUAGGGGCUCAUUCGCGGCCGUGUACAAGGCUUUGCAGCGCGCAACGGGCAAAUUUUUUGCAGUCAAGAUCAUACCUAAACCACAGAGCCUAUUGCAACCGAGUACGAUCAAUAUGCUGGACAGGGAGAUAACAAUACUCAAGCAGCUCAAGCAUCCAAAUAUUGUCGCUCUCGAGGACGUCAUUGGUAGUGAAGCUGAGCUGUGCAUUGUGAUGGAGCUCAUUUCGGGUGGAGACUUAUUCGAAUACAUUGUCACAUCACCCAUGAAGCACCUCACUGAGGACCAAACUGGCCACCUGACUGCCGAGAUUUGCGAUGCUAUGGCGUACAUUCACUACAAAGGCAUAACGCAUCGAGACCUCAAGCCAGAGAAUAUUUUACUCACUGCUGAUAACCCCCCUCACGUCAAAGUGGCGGAUUUCGGUCUAGCCAAAUGUGUCAAUAGUAAAACAAUGCUCCGUACAAUGUGUGGUACACCGAGCUAUCUCGCCCCGGAGGUUGUCCUGCAAGGUCCCGGUAAAGAAGGGUACGAUCACAAAGUCGAUAGCUGGAGUGUGGGAGCUAUCGUCUUUGCCAUGCUGACUGGUCAAGGAGCAUUUACGGAAGACGAGAAUCAACCGCUCACCACCCGCGUGCAAACUAGACAGGUGACAUGGGUUUACAUGUCCGAGGUCGGAUGUACCAAGGCUGCACAUGGCUUUGUCAAUCAAUUGCUGCAAAACCGACCAGAGAAUCGCAUGGCACUCGCUGACGCUCUUGGGCACGAAUGGCUUCAUCCAGCGUACUGGCCGUCAGGUGUCCCAUCGUACUUUCCCAAUGGUAGCCCUAUAUCCUUGAUCAACGCUACUGUAGGAGAGCCAGUUGGGACGCCAACACACGGUGUCACCGAAGAGUUUCAAAACCUGGAGAUUGAUAGCGACUCGAUAUCGGAAAGCCCCGCGUUUAUCGAGGUUGAUUUCGAAGAUGCCAAUCUCGGAGGUUCUAGCGGCCUCACACGAUCACAAGAGCUUCAGCGAAGCGUCGAGGAGCGAGAGCAGUCCUGGGAUAUCGUCGAGGAGCCUGGAGCAGAUCCAGAGCAGACACCACUAGCGAGACCGAGGCUCCAACUCCUUGAAGAGGAAGCAACAGCCCGUGGACGGCCAGCGGCGGCUACGAGUGUCCCUCCACCGCCACUCUUUCCACAGAAGAGUUUGAAGCGGAAGCUUAGCGGCGGAGAUGAGGAUGAUGAAGAUUUGCCAGGAUUAGCAAACAACUCGGGUACAGAGUCGACUCGCGCAAAGCUUGGUGGUCGAAAGGCGAGCAAAGUCAGCGAGUCCGACACGCCGACUGCUACUCGCUCUCGCUUUCCGCCACCCUCGGCUGGUAGGAAAACGACAGCUAAAAAUGGCAAAGGAAAAGGACCGGUUGCACGGGACUUUGCGACAGAGGCGGACGAAUGA